AUGGCUCGUAAGAUUGAUAUUAAGGCAAUUACAGACAUAUGUCUUUUUGUUGGUGCUGGUUUAUCGACAUAUUUCUUAUUAAAUAGGUUACUAUCUGAAGAGUUUGGAGGAUACUCCAGCACUUCCAAGGAGAAUAAAGAAAAACAAAAGAAGACUUUGGAAAAACUUAUUGCAAAAAACCCUGAAUUAAACGAUCUUUAUCUUGAUCAUUAUGAGAACAGUAUACUGUCAUCCGUUAUAUUAUCGGAAGAUAUUGAUACCAAGUUUGAAGAUAUUGGUGGUUUAGACGAGUUAGUGUCUGAAUUAAAUGAGAGUGUGGUGUAUCCACUGAUGGUUCCUGAACUGUUUGAAAGUAACUCCUUAUUAAGAGCACCAAAUGGUGUUCUGCUCUACGGACCGCCAGGAUGCGGUAAGACCAUGUUAGCAAAGGCUUUAGCUAAAGAGAGUGGGGCAAAUUUCAUAUCUUUGAGAAUGUCAUCCAUUAUGGACAAAUGGUACGGUGAAUCGAAUAAAAUAGUGAAUGCAAUUUUCUCGUUGGCAAAUAAAAUACAACCAUGUAUGAUAUUUAUUGAUGAGAUCGAUUCCUUCUUAAGGGAAAGAUCGUCCACUGAUCAUGAAGUGACAGCCAAUUUGAAAGCUGAAUUUAUGACACUUUGGGAUGGUCUAAUUAGCAACGGUAGAGUGAUGUUAAUAGGUGCUACAAAUCGUAUGAAUGAUAUAGACUCUGCAUUUUUAAGAAGAUUACCAAAAAGAUUCUACAUUACUCUUCCAAGCAAAGAACAAAGAUUGAAGAUAUUAGAGGUUCUACUAAAAGAUACUAAACUUGAUAGCCAAGAAUGCGAUAUAGAUUUCAUUGCACAGAAAACAGAAGGUUUAUCUGGUUCUGAUCUGAAAGAGUUGUGCAGGGAAGCAGCUUUAAAUGCAGCCAAGGAAUACAUCAGAAACCAAAGAAAAUCAUCACAUAACAUCGAUAAGAAUGACACCGAUAGUAAGAUACGCAUUAGACCGUUGAAAAACUCUGAUUUUCUACCGACAAGUCAACUAGAAUCCAAAUCAGUUUUGUCUUCAAUGACUCUUGAUUGA